AUCUCCUUGCCGAGUCCCAUACGGUCUUGCCUCUUCGCCAUCGUUACCUUAGAGGACUCGGACUGUGUGAGCAAGCUACACCAACUCUUUGUCUCACGUCUGUCGGAACAAAACAGAAACACAAAUCACCCACAAUCUUCCAGAUUUUGAGGACAGGACUGCUAAAGAAUCCAAAAUGCGUGAAUGUAUCUCAGUCCACGUCGGCCAGGCCGGAGUCCAGAUGGGCAAUGCAUGCUGGGAGCUGUACUGCCUGGAGCACGGCAUCCAACCUGAUGGUCAGAUGCCCAGUGACAAGACGGUUGGUUCGAGCGAUGACUCCUUCAACACCUUCUUCAGCGAGACAAGUGCCGGCAAGCACGUCCCUCGGGCAGUUUUGAUGGACCUGGAGCCAACUGUUGUUGAUGAGGUGCGCAGAGGUCCAUACCGCCAACUCUUCCAUCCUGAGCAGCUGAUCACAGGCAAGGAGGAUGCCGCCAACAACUAUGCCAGAGGUCACUACACCGUAGGAAAGACGGUCAUUGACUUGGUGCUAGACAGAAUCAGAAAGCUUGCCGACCAAUGUACUGGACUCCAAGGUUUCCUAAUCUUCCACAGCUUCGGUGGAGGCACCGGCUCUGGCUUUGCCUCUCUUCUCAUGGAGCGUCUCUCCGUCGACUAUGGCAAGAAGUCCAAGCUGGAGUUUGCCAUCUACCCGGCUCCUCAAAUUUCCACGGCCGUCGUGGAGCCCUACAACUCUGUUCUGACUACCCACACCACCCUGGAGCACUCCGACUGCGCCUUCAUGGUUGACAACGAGGCCAUCUACGACAUCUGUCGUCGCAACCUAGACAUCGAGCGUCCGACUUACGCCAACCUUAACCGUCUGAUUGGUCAGAUUGUGUCCUCCAUUACUGCGUCUCUUCGCUUUGAUGGUGCCCUGAAUGUCGACCUGACUGAGUUCCAAACCAACUUGGUUCCCUACCCACGUAUCCACUUUCCGCUUGUUACGUAUGCUCCAGUCAUCUCUGCUGAGAAGGCCUACCAUGAGCAGCUAAGCGUUUCAGAGAUCACAAACGCCUGCUUCGAGCCGGACAACCAGAUGGUGAAGUGCGAUCCUCGUCACGGCAAGUACAUGGCCUGCUGCAUGCUUUACCGUGGCGAUGUCGUCCCAAAGGACGUAAAUUCUGCUAUUGCCCACAUCAAGACCAAGCGCAACAUCCAGUUUGUUGAUUGGUGUCCAACUGGCUUCAAGGUGGGCAUCAACUACCAGCCACCCACCGUCGUGCCUGGCGGUGAUCUGGCCAAGGUGCAGCGUGCCGUCUGCAUGCUGAGCAACACCACGGCCAUCGCCGAGGCCUGGGCUCGUCUGGAUCACAAGUUCGAUCUGAUGUACGCCAAGCGUGCCUUCGUCCACUGGUACGUGGGAGAGGGUAUGGAGGAGGGUGAGUUCUCUGAGGCUCGUGAGGAUCUGGCAGCCUUGGAGAAGGAUUACGAGGAGGUUGGUGUCGACUCGAGCGCCCAAGCAGAGGAGGAAGACGCCGGAGGCGAGUUUUAGUGCGUUUCAAGGAUAUCUUGCGAAAUACAGACAUAGCUACAAACCUGAAAACAUGUUGCGUCUCUGGUUUUCUUGUUCUCAAAUUUGUGCCUAUCAUUGUGCAUUUAAGGCCAGCGUCUGGUUAUGUCUCUAAAAACAGUAAUGUAUCAAAGCAACAGUAAAUCCUUUUUUUCAGGGAAAGUGGGGAAAUAGCUUAAUACUUUGGCUACUGAAGUAAUUUAAGGCUGAUAAAAUGGCCCUAAGAUAGCGGGUCCCGUUAGUCUUUUUUUUACUUACUCGUGUGUAUCGUCACAAUCGAUCAGUAUGGUAAAUUGUUGUAUAUGCCAUGAUGAUUUCUCUGACACUUGUCUCAUAAAUAUAUGGUUUGAUAUUUUGUUUUAUCCGUCCAGACUAUAUUUGCGUUACUUUUGUAGUAGAUGAACCGAGAGCGUGAUGUGACGCGUCACUGUUUCAGAAAAUACUUCAGCUAUUUUAUUGAUUAUUACCAACCAAGCCCUCAAAGGAAUAAUUCACCAACCAAUUUUCACAUAUUCCAAAGUUUGAAAUUCACAGAUUGGGUUUUGGUUUUCGUUUUGUUUGUUUAGUUUAGUACUUUCAGUACUUCUUUCAAUGUGAGGUAUUGUCAAUUUUAUCACUAAUUUCGUCGUCUUCCAAAAGAACAAAAAGGAUAGUACAUGUGUCGUCAUAUUGUGGGUCGACCUUAUGAAGUACAUGGAUGGGAUAUUUAUCUGGAAAAAUUCAUCGCACCCUAGCCGACUUCUGGGUUCAGUAUUGGCGUGAGAUUGGAAAAGGUCUUAAAACCACAACACAUCUAAUACCUUGCCAAUAAUCUGUAUUCAUGCAGGCUUGAAAUUUGGCAGAUAGAGUUCUAUUUUUUUUUUACAAAUAAUGCCACAAGCUAACGAAACAUUUGUUGGAAACUUUUUCUCGGAAGUUUAGCAUUGUAUGAUUGUAUUAUAUUAAUUUAUACGGUAAUUUUUCUUUGCUUGUGUGCUCAAGAGCACUUCCACUGUGAUCAAUAUGCUGAAUACUUGAAGCAAAUAAAUCAAACUUGAAUGGAA